UGGUUGUGAGAUAAUCAGCCCUCUACAAAGACAAGGUUGUUGUGUGUUUUCCGGGCUGUAUGGCCAUGUUCCAGAAGUAUUCUCUCCUGGCGUUUCACCCACAUCUAUGGCAGGCAGAGGUUGUGAGGUAUACAUGGCCAUACAGCCUAGAAAACACACAACAACCUUGUGAUUCUGGCCAUGAAAACCUUCGACAACACAUCUACAAAGACGUUGCCCAGGGGACGCCCGGAUGGGUCAUGAUCCUACAGGGAGGCUUUUCACCUUAAGAACAGACAAGCAUCUCCCGCUCUGAGGACGACCUGGGAAGGAAUCCCACUGGAGCAUUGAUUGCAGCACAGCAAAAUACUUAGGAGUUACCCUGGACCCUGCUCUGACUUACAAGAAGCACUGCUUGAUUAUCAAGCAAAAAGUGGGCGCUAGAAAUAAUACCAUACGAAAGCUGACUGGCACAACCUGGGGGUCACAAUCAGACACAGUGAAGACAUCUGCCCUUGCACUUUGCUACUCUGCUGCUGAAUACACAUGCCCAGUGUGGAACGCAUCUCACCACGUUAAAACAGUGGAUGUGGCUCUUAAUGAGACAUCACAGGAUGUCUACGCCCCACACCACUGGAGAAAUUAUACUGUUUGCCAGUAUUGUACCACCUGACAUCCGCUAGGAAGUAGCAGCCAGCAAUGAAAGAACCAAGCUAUUGACAUCUCUGGCCCAUCCCCUGUUGGAUAUCAGCCAGCACAGCAUCAAGAAAUAGUUUUCUAAGAUCUACAGAGAUACUUGCAAGUUGCAGUAACCCCUCAGCAAGCGAGAGUAUAAAAGUGGCAGGCUACAACUCAGAACCUCAAUCAGUGGCUGACGCCGGAUGAGAGACUCCUUCCUGGGCACACAGAAGACUGGGCAACUUGGAAGGUGCUGAACAGACUUUGAUUUGGCAUCACGAGAUGUAGAACCAACCUUAAGAAAUGGGGCCACAAAGUGGAGUCCACAACAUGUGAGUGUGGAGAAGAGCAAACCACAGGGCACCUACUACAAUGCAGUCUGAGUCCUGCCACAUGCACAAUGGAGGACCUUCUUAUAGCAAUACCAGAGGCACUCCUAGUGGCUAGCUCCUGGUCAAAGGACAUUUAGUAUAAUGCCAAGUUUUUUUCAAACUUUAUGUUCUCAAAUACAUUACAAUUUAUACCCUUGGUUCGCUUCUAACAUGAUAAAUAAAAUAAAUUAACCCUUCUCAUGAUUCCACAGCAUUAAGCCAGGGGUGUUCCAGUGCAGCUAUAAUCAUAGUCAUACUAGGUUUAUUUUUAUAUUCUACAAAUUCUAGGUUUAUUUGUAUAUUCUACGGUUUAUUUGUCUAUUCUACGGUAACAACAUUAUGGUUAAUGUUGGAGAUAGCAACCUUUUCAAGCCUCCUCUAUUUAAUGUUUUGUCUGUUUUACAAUGUGUCAGUUUAUUUCAUUAAGUGCAUGUCUUAUCUGGUUUGCAGUUUCCUUAGCUCUAUGUAUUUAAAGCAGUGGGAGGGGCUGCAGACCAUGUGACUAUUUAGAAUGCCAUGCAGGAAAUGCACAAUCAAUGUAUCCCCGACAGAUGGCCAUCCAGCCUCUGUUUAAAAGCCUCUAAAGAAGGAGCCUCCACCAGACUCAAAAGGCAGAGUGUUCCACUGUUGAACAGCUCUUACCAUCAGGAAGUUCUUACUGAUGUUCAGAUGGAGUCUCCUUUCCUGUAAUUUGAACCCAUUGCCCCCAGUCCUAGUCUCCUAGGCAGCAGAAAACAAGCCUGAUCCCUCUUCCUUAGGGCAUCCUUUCACAUAUGGCUAUCAUGUCUCCUUUCAACCUUUUCUUCUGCAGGUGAAACAUACCCAGCUCCUCAUAGAGUAUGGUCUUGAGACCUCUGAUCAUUUUAGUCACCCUCCUCUGAACACAUUCCAUCUUGCUAAUAUCCUUGAACUAUGGUUUUGGUCUUGUCAUCGCCAAGGUUUUACUUCUGCCACUAGAUGCUGCUGUUUUGUUGUAACAUUACUGGAAAUUUUGCAGUACUGAUCCUCCCUCCCUCAUUAAAAUCAACUUCCUGGUUGCUGAAUGCUGUCAUUACUUGUUAACACAGACAUUGAAGGAAUUAAGGGAACUAGGCUUUAUUCUCCGGGUCAAAAACAUCAAAGGGAAAAACAGAUAAAAGUAUUUAUGUGACAGAUCUAAAAGAAACACUUCUGUAUUUCAAUUAAUUGAAGCUAUUAAUUUUCUGUACACCAAAGCCUUGUGGGUUUAAAUUCCAAACCCAGAUAUGUCACCAGAUUACAGGGAGAAAUACAGAGAACAUGUUAGAAAAAAAUAUUGUUCACCUGAAGAUGGGAACCCUUGCUUGAUGGUCCAGAUACCUCCAAAUGAGAAAUACACUAAAAUGGUUGUUGCAAGUGGAAAAGAAAAAGAACAUGAAAUACUGACUAGGCCAUGGAGACACACACAAUUGCUAUUUGAGCAAAUGCCUGCUACAACCAUAGACGUGCUCUUUGAUACUGAGAAUGACGCACCACAGACGGUUGUGCUCUUUGGGGUGGCUGGGGUGGGGAAAACUCUGAUGGCCAGAAAGAUCAUGCAAGACUGGGCAACUAGAAGUCAAUCUCCAGAAAGAUUUGAUUCUGUUUUCUACUUGAGUUGUCGGCAAAUGAAUCUCAUUGUGGGAGAGGUGAAUUUGGCUGAACUGAUUUUAAAUAAUCACUCCGAACCUAGACUCGGAGAAGCAAUUAACAAACUUCUCAUUAAUCCAGGCAAAUGCCUUUUCAUCAUUGAUGGCUUUGAGGAACUGAAUUGUUCCAUUAAACAAGAGGGGGAUAACCUGAGCAUCAGUCCCUAUGAAAAGAAGCCGGUGGAGCUGAUCCUGAGCAGUUUGUUUUGCAAAACCCUCUUUCCUGAGUCCUGCUUAAUGAUCACUACUAGGCCGAAUACUCUGGAGAGCCUUGAGGAUUGUUUGCCGUCACCACGCUAUGUCAGGCACCUGGGAUUUUCUGAAGAAGGCAAGAAAGAAUAUUUCUGCAAGUUCUUUGGGGAGGAAGAAUUAGCAGCACAGGCUUUGAGCUACAUUAAAAGGAAUGAAGCACUCCUUGCCAUCUCCUUUGUCCCCGGUGUAUGCUGGAUCAUCUGCACGAUGAUGAAAGAGCAGCUGGACAGAGCUGAGAAAGAUCUGGUGCCAGUUUCGGACACACUCACAGGAGUGUAUGCACUUUAUCUUUCUCAUUUGUUUAAGUCUUUUUGCACUGGCUCUGAACAAUUAGAUCUGAUGAAAACACUCUGCUCGUUAGCUGCUGAUGGACUCUGGGAAAAGAAACCCUUUUUGAAGGAAGAGGACAUUCGAAAAGAGUUGGCUUUGCAUGGAACUCUCUUUCGGAAGGAUCCUGAUUGUGAAGGCAGCUACAGUUUCUUCCACCCCAGUAUACAAGAAUUUCUUGCAGCUUUGUUCUAUGUUUCUGAAGAUUUGUCCAGAGGUACUGAGACUACUAAGGAAAACAUGAACAUUUUCCUGGAUGCUUGCCAUGAAGUUCGAGGAGAUUUAACAUUAACGGUACAGUUUGUCUUUGGCCUUUUAAACAAAGAAAUAAUGAAAUACUUAAAAGAACAAUUUGAGUGGAACAUUUCACCUAAAAUUAAGACUGACUUAAUAGAGUGGUUUCAAUUAGACACACAAAUUGAGUUCAUUCGUCCAAAUUAUGGUCAACUGGAGCGUUUUUAUUCUUUGUAUGAAGUCAAGGAAGAAGAAGAAUUUGUUAAGCAUGCACUAAAUCACUUAACUGAACUAACUUUACAAGACUUGACUUUUACUCAAAUGGAUCAAGUGGUUCUCUGUUACUGCAUAAAUAAUUGUUUGAAUUUAGAAACUCUUUCCCUGUAUAGAUGUUUGUUUCUGUUGGAAGAAUGUGAGACAGAAGUACUUCAAAGACUCCCCAAUUAUCCAGAUCAGCCACUUCAGAAGACAGAGAAGCCUUCAGCGAUUGACCUACUCUGCCAAACACUGAAGGAUCCAGAUGGUAAAAUCAAGAAAGUGGAGCUUGAUGGAUGCCAGUUCACAGACACAUUCUGGGAAGAUCUAUCUGUUGUUCUCUCAACAAGUCUGGUGCUGGUGGAACUGGAUUUGCAGAUGACUAAUCUGAAGGACUCGGGAGUCAGGCUUCUGCGUGAAGGAUUGAUUCAUCCAAAUUGCAAACUAAACAAAUUGGGGUUAUGGGGAUGUGAUCUGACUCAUGCUUGUGGUGAUGACCUUUUCACUAUUCUCAGCCACAGUCAUACAUUGAUGGAGCUCAAGCUGGGUUGCAAUUCUUCCUUGGGAAUCCAAGGAGUUCAGCUGCUCUGUGAAGGAUUUAAACACCCAAAUUGCAAGCUGCAGAGCCUGGGGCUGGAUGAAUGUGGUCUCAAUGCUGCUGGCUGUCAGCAUUUCAUCCCUGUCCUCAGCAUCAGCCAGACACUAAGGAAGCUCACCCUGGAGAGCAACAAACUGGGAGAUGUGGGAGUGAAACUGCUAUGUGAGGGCCUGAAACAUCCACAGUGCCAACUGGAAACUUUAUCACUGGCUACAUGUGAGCUCAGCCCAGCUUGCUGUGGAGAUCUCUCCUCUGUUCUCAGCAUCAGUCAGACACUGAGGGAGCUGGAACUGGAGUAUAACAAACUGGAAGAUACUGGGCUGAGGCUACUCUGUGAGGGACUAAAGCAGCCACAAUGCAAACUGGAAAAAUUAGGGUUGGCCGGAUGUGGCAUUACAGCAGCUUCUUGUGGAGAUCUUGCAUGUGCCCUGGCAGUCAAAUGGACUUUGAAACACCUUGAUAUUGAAUAUAACAAACUUGGUGACUCAGGAGUGAAGAUGCUGUGUGAAGGGUUGAAGCAUCCGCAUUGCAGGAUGGAGACAUUAAACUUGUUCACUUGUGAUCUUACUGCUGCUUGCACCAAGGAUCUUGCCUCCAUCCUUUGCUGUAACCAAACCCUUGCACAACUAUUCCUAGGAGGUAACAUGCUUGGGGAUUCGGGUUUGAAGCAGCUGUGUGAGGGACUGAAACACUCCCAAUGCAAGAUUAAAAAACUGUGCUUGUGCGACACUGGAAUCACAGCAGCUGGUUGCAUGGAGCUCUCUUCUGUCCUCAGCACAAGCCAGGCGCUGGAAGACAUUGAUUUAUGGCAAAACACUCUGGAGGACUCGGGACUAAGGCUGUUGUGCGAGGGGCUCAAACACCCAGACUGCAAGCUGGAAGUUUUGUCGAUGUGGGGCUGUAAGUUCACAUCAGCUUCCUGUGGGGAUCUUCAAUGUGUUCUCAGCACCAACCAGAACCUGAAGAAGCUGCAGCUGGAAAAUAACAAACUGGGAGAUUCAGGAGUGUUGUUGCUGUGUGAAGGACUGAAGCACCCCAACUGCAAACUGAAGUCAAUAGGUCUUGAUAUUGAAGAAUUGAGUGAAGACACAGUGCGAGAGCUUAAAUAUCUGAAACGGAUGAAACCUAGACUGACCAUAGACACAUAAAUAGGGCAGUAAUGGUGCUGGAAGGCUGUGAUGUGGACAAAUACAGGAGUCCAGUGCACCUUCGCUGAAACAUGUCAGCUACUGCCAUGGAUGAACAAAGAAGAAACCAACAUUCAGACUACCCUUGUAAUGAGCAUCUGAAUAAAAAGCCAAACGUGGAAAGCAAAGCUGCUUUGGAUCUUCAUCAAGUCUGUCCCUUGUACCUCUUCAUAGGACUUCUUUCUUCCAUUUUAGCAGGUUUCCUUAUUGAUAUAGGAACUAUUUGCCCUUUGUUUACUGAGCAAAUAAUACAUCUGUUGCUUUUUAUUAAAUCUUUUCUUAUGUGUGCUUUA